AUGGCAGGAGUGGAUGAAAUUACUAAAGUUGAUUUAAAUAAAAAACUAAAUUUAUUCAAUUCGUUUAAUGAUGAUCAACAGAAGGUAAUUAGGGAAUUGUUUUUUAGGGAUCAGAAAAAAGUCAUUACUGAGGUUAUAGGUUCUUUUAACUAUGGUGUUCUCUUUCCUUCUUCUUUUGGUGCUUGUUUUAGAUCUGAUAAUGGUGCUAUUGAAGUUGUGGAUAAAGACUUAGUUAGUACUAAUUUUAGAUUCUCUGAUAAUAUACUCGAGGUACCUGCUCAAAUUGAUUUGUUGUGUAGAAUUAUUUUUACUAAGAAAUUUAAUCAGAAGGGUCUUUUUAGAGUUAAUACUGUUGCUGAUAAGAUGAAAACUGCGAGAACAUUAUUGUAUGAUAUUUUAGAAGGUCGUGUCAGUGAAGAAACUGGUAUUGGUUUAUUUGAUAAGAAUUUUGAUCUUAUUGAUUGUUGUGAGCUUUACAAACUUUUACUGAGAUCAUUUAAUAAAACUGUAAUUCCUUUGUCUUUUAUAAAGCCUAUUAUAGAAGCUUCUAAGGAAACUGAUUUAGAAAAGAAAAUGAUUGCAUCUAAAGCUAUUUUUUACUCAUUACCUACCCAUAAUCGAAAAAUACUCGAAUCUAACAUAUUUCUCUGCUAUAAAAUAUGUCAGAUAACCCAUUCACAAGAGAAUGUUAAAGAACAAUUAGAUCUUGAUGGAUUAGCAAUUGUUAUGAUGCCAAAUUUAUUUUUAGAAAAUGAAAAUGAUUUUGAAAUUGACUCAAUUAUUCAAUUAGUUAGUUUUGCUAAGUUUUUAUUUGCAAAUAUAUUUGAUAUUAUGGAUGUUGAUGAAAAGUAUAAAAAUGCUAAUAAAUGA